AUGACAACAGUCCUCAACAUGCGCGCCUUCCCCGUCGCCUCAGAGCUCUUCUCCUCGCUCUCCACGCGACCUGGAUCGAAAACGUCCCUUCCCAUCCCACGAUCCACGAAAUCGUCUGCGCUGUUGGAGAUGCUGGGUAUCCUCGUUUGCUUCAUUGCUGGACUCUACAUUGCCAUCCGAUUGUACGAUUGCGCUUUCGGCCUGCUGGAUGCCCAGUUGCCCAAGGCCUUCACAGCAUGCUUUGCAGCGGCGUAUAUGUUCCAAUUGUUCGUGGGCUGGUUGGAGAUUAGGGCGGAGCAGAGGUGGACGGAGAUGAUGAGGAAAGAACAAUCGGACUCGCAAUAG